UUGUCGCCUGCUGCUGGGGGAGUGUGAGCAGCUAGCUGCGUAGGUCAGAGAUCGGUCCCGUGCGCACUGCGGCUCUCUCCCUCCGAUCCUCCAUCCCUUGCUAGCCCGUCCUCCUAUUAUUGACUCCCGCGGCUGCUUGCUAGCCUGCUAGUUGCUGAGGAAGAAUGGGGGACAGAAUGUUGGGGGCUCUUGGAUGCAUUCGCAGGGUUCAGGCUGUGCAAGUGAGCUGGUGAGCUCCUUGCGUUUUACACGGAGCUGCGGUGCCUGCUCUUGCCUCCUGUGUUCGCUGCGUUCAGGAAACUGAAUUUUUUAGCAAGCAAGGCAAGUCUCUCAGAGUAAUCAUUGUGCAACUACAUUGCUCCACCUUGGGCCUUUCUGCUUUAUUCUGUUGCCCGAGAAAAUCCUAGGUGAAAUUCUGGGCAUUCAGGUUUUGAAGUGAAAAAUUUACCAAGAUUCCAAGCCAAUCAAGAGGAUACAUAGAACUAGCUGAGCUCCAAUGGGUUGGCACCUGAGUAUCCUUGUCAUGGCCACAACCUGUUUUAUGUUAUUUCCAAUAAGCGACCAGUCUUCACAGAGCGAAUUGCUGCAGCAGCUCAGGAAGCAGCUGGAGUACCCCAGGCAGCUGGAUACAUGGGGCAACCCAAGCAGUGAUCCCUGCUACACUCAGCCCACUGCGGUGCUCGCCGUAACAUGCGAGGGAAAUGCCCUCAUGGAGCUUAAGAUCAUUGGCGACAGGAUCACCAAGCCACCAAAGUUCAAUGGCUAUUCUGUUCCUAAUGUCACCCUUUCAGAAGUCUUUGUUCUUGAUUCGUUUGUUACUACGUUGGCAAGGCUGACUACCUUGCGGGUUGUAAUCCUGGUGUCUUUGUGCCUAUGGGGUCCCCUCCCGGAUAAGAUUCACUGCUUGUCUUCGCUUGAAGUGCUUGAUUUGAGUUCCAAUUUUCUGUAUGGAUCGAUCCCUCCCAAGUUGUCAGUCAUGUCGAAGCUUCGUACCAUGACACUGGAUGGUAACUACUUCAAUGUAAGUGUGCCAGACUGGCUUGACUCAUUCUCAAACCUCACUGUUCUUCGGUUGCAGAGUAACCUGCUAAAGGGAUUCAUACCAGCAUCAAUUGGCAAAGCUGACGUGCUUACGGAGCUUGCGCUUGCUGGCAAUAGCAUCUCAGGGGAUGUUCCGAAUUUAGGCAACCUAAGUAAAUUUGAGAUGCUGGAUUUAAGGGACAAUCAGUUGGAUGGAGAGCUUCCGGAGAUGCCUACAGCAUUGGUAACAAUCUUACUCAGCAAGAAUUCACUAAAGGGUGAAAUCCCUGAGCAGUUUGUUCAGUUGAACCGGCUUCAGCACCUUGAUCUCUCAUUCAACUUUCUUGUGGGGAGUCCUCCUGAAGAGAGUUUUGCUCUCCCCAACAUCAGUUAUCUGAACUUGGCAGCAAAUAUGCUUAGUGGAUCACUUUCGAGUAGCUUAACAUGUAGCAGUACUCUGGGCUUUGUGGACCUGUCCACUAACCAAUUCACAGGUGAUCUGCCUGCUUGUCUGAAUGGCAAUAUGAAUAACAAGGUCGUCAAGUUUGUUGGGAACUGCUUUAGUACUGACCCUGCUCACCAGCAUGAAGCUAAAUAUUGCCAUCAGUCUCAUAAGGAAAGAGGAUCAAACAAGGAUGUUGGACUUGUAAUCACUGUUGUCGGCAUUUUGUUUAUUGUUCUUGUGCUUUCUCUGGUGUUAAUGGCUUCAAACAAAAGGAGCUGUCAGAUAGUUCUUGUGGAACAACAGUUCCUGCAAAAGCAUAAACAAGAUAAUUCGACUUCAGGAAUGUCCUCAGAACUGCUAGUAAAUGCAAGUAAGAAGACCCCUUUUUAUUUCGUCUACCUUACAUCCAUUUGUAACAACUUAUCUUAUUUCCAGCUAUACAUGGGAAAAUUAGAGAAUGGCACCCUGAUUGCUAUAAGAUGUUUGGCAUUACACCAACGAUAUUCAAUAAGGAAUCUAAAGCUUCGUUUAGAUCUCCUUGCAAAGCUUCGCCACCCAAAUUUGGUUUGCCCCUUGGGCCACUGCAUUGAUAGUGCAGUUGAUGAAUCAAGUGUGAAGAGGGUAUUUCUUGUGUAUGAAUAUGUUCGUGGUGGAACUCUCUCUUCUUAUCUUUCAGGCUCUCCAGAGAAGACCCUAAAGUGGUGUGGUAGGCUGCAGGUUCUGAUUGCUAUAGCUAAGGCUGUUCAUUUCCUACAUACAGGAAUAAUUCCUGGUUCGUUAUAUAAUCGGCUAAAAUCUUCUAGUAUUUUACUUGACGAACACCUUAUCGCAAAGUUGAGCGAUUAUGGAUUAUCGAUAAUAAAAGAGGAGAUAUACAAACAUGAGGUAGUAGAAGGGAAAAGAUACUUACAAAAUAAUGUUCCAGCAAUGGAAGAAUCGGAGGAUGAUGUCUACUACUUUGGUUGUAUUCUACUGGAAGUACUCAUGGGCCCAAAAUUACAUAGGAAAGGCGGUCCUUUUGUUUUAAAUGAUUUGGUUGUCUCAAUAUCAAGCCAGGAAGAGCGUGAGGAAGUUCUGGAUCCAGUGGUUAUUGGCACUUCAUCACAGAAUUCUCUUUCCGUAGUGGUUUCCAUCAUGAUCAAAUGCCUAUCCGUUGAAUCCUCGACCCGACCUUCCAUUGAAGAGGUUCUCUGGAACCUGCAGUAUGCUGCACAGGUCCAGGUGACAGCGGACGGCGAUCAGAGAUCAGCAGUUUCCUCACAAAGCAUGUUAGCACACCUGAAAAUAGGAACAUGGAAGUCUGUCUUUCCAGCGGCCUCUGUAUAUUAUUGCAGUUUAAAUACUAAAUAGCAUGCCAAUUUCUGUAAGCUCAGCACAGCAGGGACGUGGUUAUCGAGGCAGUAACGUUUUCCUUGCU